AUGGGGCCGACUGGAAUAUGGAUCUGCUUGGCUGCCGGCCUGCUGGCCGGGGUCAGAGGCCACGGCCGGCUGAAGGACCCGCCGUGCCGCGCCUCCAUGUGGCGCUACGGCUGGGACACGCCGGAGGACUACACCGACAACGAGCUGUUCUGCGGCGGGCGGGACCACGAGAUCGAGCAGGGCGGCAAGUGUGGCAUCUGCGGAGACCCGUACGACGACCCGGUGCCGCGUAAACAUGAGAUCGGCGGACCCUUCUACAAGGGCUACCUGGUGGCCAACUACACCGCCGGCUCCGUGGUGACCGUCACCGUGAACAUCACUGCCAACCACAAGGGCUUCUUCCAGUUCAAGAUGUGCUCCGUCCCUGGCUUCCAAACAGAGGCUACUCAGGAAUGCCUUGACAGGACUAUUCUGGAGAUAGCAGGCACCGGCUCCACCGACUAUUACAUCACUAGAGAGGUCAAGGCUUUCUACGUGGACGUACAGAUCCCCAGCGACCUGGAGUGUGAACAUUGCGUAUUUCAGUGGCGGUACCACUGCGGCAACACGUGGGGUCACUGCCCCAACGGCACCUCCGGAGACGGCUGCGGACCUCAGGAGGAGUUCUACGGAUGCGCCGACGUCUCCGUUCGCAAGCCGGCCAUUAGGGUGGACCCCGUCGUCCUGCCGGGAGACAAGGAGAGAGCGGAAGAGGAGAAGAGCCGUUCGUGAUGAGCGCGGCGUGGUGGGGAGGCGACGACGACACGCUUGGCCGGUAGUUGGUCUGCCGAUAGCCGAUUUCUCUGCGCUGGCCCUUUUCAUCAGUCACCGCCCUGGCGUUACGUUACCCCUUCAGCACCAAGUGACGCGUUUGACCUCGUGCGGAGAAGAGCAUGCCGGACUUCAGAUGCAUCGGCUCGGGAAACAGGGCACGAUCCUCGGCCGGGCCUGGCUUGGAAGGUUGUUGGCAAUCGUCGAC